UAUUUACUGUAGAUACUACUCAAAAUAGAUUUUUCUUUGUUCUAAGACAAAUAAUAUAUUCUAAUUUGUUAUAAGAUAAAUAAGACGUGCUUAUUAUACAAUGGCAUAGUCAAGUUACUGAAAUGGAGACAAUCAUGGACAACUUCUUACAUAUUAUAGAAGAAGGAAAAAGAAUAAAUAGUGGCUGCAGUAGAGGGAAACUCCUGUAACAACUUUUGGAGGGAAAGGCCUCAAGUAGUUAGAGGUAGUUCUGAUUGUCUGGAGAGUAUUAAGGAGUUGUUAGGAAGCAGUUACUGCUGUGUAUAAAAGGAAGAAGUCAUACCUGUAUCAACUCAUUCAAAGAAUGAUAUUGAAUAAUACUUUCUCUCAUCUCUAAACUCUUUUCUCUUCUCAUCUUGUUCUAUUCUUUUCACACCCAAUCUCACUAUUUCUCUUAAGUUCUUUGAGAAUUCUGUUUCAAUUUCCUUCCCUAAGAUUGAUUCAGACCUGUUACUUUACAAUUGGUAUCAAAGCUGAGUUACGUGUGGGAACAGCUUCAAUUUUGGAUCUGUGGCAUUGAAAAUGACUAGAUCUAGGGUAAUUGCUCAAGAUUCUAGAUUCUCUGAAUUGGAAGAAGUAAUUAGGGCUGUACAGAAUGAGUUGAGGAAGGAUAAAGAGGAAUUGAGGGAGGAGAUGAAGCAGAAUGCUUUACAGCAAGCAAUUGAGACUUGCAAUAUGAUCAGGGAAGAAUUGCGAUCUAUUUUUGGUGAUUCCAUGCCUCAGGUUGGUCCAGGAAGGAAUGAUGAGGUUGAAACUUCUGCAGCGACUCUUGGGGGCAAAGGAAUUCUUCCUAAUCCAGGGGGAAGAGUCAAUCAACAGCAAGGAGGAGGUAGCAACAGUAAUGGAUCUGCAAUUAAUUUUGAAGGUAUGUCCCAAAUGUUGUCAAAAAUUGAAUUGAUUACUUUUGAAGGGAAAGAACCUAGGGCUUGGGUAAGGAAAUGUGUUAAGUACUUUGAGGUGUAUGGUGUUCCUAAAUAGCAAUGGGUUGGCAUUGCUAGUUUGUUUCUAAUGGAUAGGGCUGAUGCUUGUUAUCACAAUUGGAUAUUGGGGGAAGGUUCUCACUCUUGGAAGGAUUUUGAGAAAGAUCUUUGUAGGAGGUUUGGAGAGGAUGGGUUAGAAGAUGUAGUGGAAGAAAUCAUGAAGAUGAGGCAAGAAGGAACUGUGGAAGAGUAUCAAGAUAAAUUUGAGGAUCGAAGAAUUAGGUUAGAGAGGGUAAUGCCUAAUUUGGGGGAAGCUUAUUUUCUGUCAGCCUUUGUUGGUGGGUUAAGAGAUGAUAUAAGACCUAUGGUCAGGAUGAUGAAACCAACUACUCUUUUCCAUGAUUUUGAAAUUGCAAAAUACCAAGAACAACUCUUGAGUUGCAGCAAGAAAGUUAAUUCUGUUACAAGACCUCACCAGAAUAAUUUCAGACCUUCUUAUUCUUCUACUUUUGUCCCAAAAAACACUUCUUCUCAGUCACCUUAUUUCUUGGAGCCCAAAGCCUCAAAUUGGGAGCAAUCUUCCAUUGCUAAACCAAUUAAUUCGGUUAAAAAACCUUCCAUUUCUAUGGGUCAGUCUUCUGUUAAUCAGCCAAUUAAUAAAGUCUCUUCCAAUAUGCUUGUUACCCACAAUACUAUUAGAUCACCCAGAUCCUGUUUCAAGUGUGGAAAGAAAUUCUUUCCUGGCCAUCAAUGUAAGCAGAAAACUCUGAUGGCCCUGCAAUUACAAGAGAAUGAUGCCUCAGUAUUUCAGAUACAGAACCAGGAAAUUGAUGAGGGAGAGGAAGUUUAGCAUGAUGUUACAGAAGGGGAAGUACCUGCUGUUUCUGAAGAAGUUACUUUGUCAGUGCAUGCUAUAGAGGGCAGCAGUGGGAUUGACACUAUAAGAGUAAUUGGGAAGCAUAAAAAUAGGGAAUUGUUGAUAUUAGUGGACAGUGGUAGUAUUCAUAGUUUCUUGGAUGCAAAAGUGGCAAGGUAACUGAAGUUGCCUAUAGUGGAGGGACCUGCAAUUGCAGUAACAGUAGUUGAUGGAAGGAAAGUGUUCAGUACUGAUGUUUGUUCAGCUUUUAGCAGGAAAAUUCAGCAAUAUUGCUUUAAUUUUGACUUCAGGUUGUUGGAAUUGGGUACUUUUGAUAUUAUAUUAGGAGUGGAUUGGUUAAAGACUUUCAAUCCCAUUUUUUUUGACUUCCAGCAUUCUACAAUCAGUUUCCAAUAUGAGGGAAAGCCUAUUUCAUUGAAGGGUAUUGGGGAUGUGGCCAUUAAGUCUAAGGUGCUACACUGUCUUAGCUAUAACCAGUUAAUGCAUAAGAGUGGAGAGGAUUUUCAGACUCCAUUAUUUUGUAUUCAAUUGGAGCAAGGAACAGGUAGUGCUGGAUAUUCUUUUCUGUCUUCAGCAGCCUCUUCUCUAGAUUUGCAGUUGUUAUUACAUAAGUAUAAAGGGGUAUUUAAAGAUCCCAAGUCUUUACCUCCUUUCAGGUCACAUAAUCAUGCAAUUCUAUUGAUCCCUGCUGCUCUAUUGCUGAGAUAGCUCAUCCUGGGUAUUCAUAUAAAGAUGGGUUGCUCUUUUACAAAGGCAAAUUGUAUAUUGGCAGCACAUGCACCCUCAGGAAUCAUUUGUUAGCCUUGUCUUAUAAUUCCUGUUUAGGAGGGCAUUCAGGAAUUAAUGGGACCUAUGUCAGGCUGCAUAGGCACUUUCAUUGGCCUGGAAUGAUGAAGAGUGUGAUGGAUUGGGUUAGAAGUUGUGAUGUGUGUGCAAGGUGUAAAGUAGAGCAUUGUGCUUCUCCAGGAUUGCUACAACCACUCCCUAAGCCAUCACAAGCAUGGCAGCAUAUUACAAUGGAUUUUGUGGAGCAGCUUCCCAAGUCAAAAGGCAAAGAUAUAAUUUUGGGACAACAUUUUUACCAACUCUUUUUGGAAGGAGCUGUUCAAAGUGCUUGGGUGUACCCUCUCUUUAUUCUACUGCCUAGCACCCUCAGACAGAUGGUCAAAGUGAGAGGUUGAAUCAAAGUUUGGAAGGGUAUCUAAGGUGUUUGUGUUUUGAGAAAUCAUCUUCUUGGUGCAAGUGGCUUUCUCUAGCUGAGUGGUGGUAUAAUACUAGCCACCACAGUGGGUUGAAAAUGUCCCCUUUCCAAGCUUUAUAUGGCUGCCAGCCUGCUUCUUUGGCCAUGUUUCCAACAAAUGAAGUGUCAGUGGGUUCUGUUGUAGAGUUUUUGCAAGAAAGGUAGCAGUUGUCUCAGCUCAUUAGAGAGAAUUUAGUGCUGGCCUAGAACGGGAUGAAACAAUAUGCUAAUAAGGGGAGAUCUGAGAGGGAAUUUGAAGUUGGGGAUUGGGUAUAUCUCAAGUUGUAGCCUUUCAGGCAAACUUCCUUGGCCAUAAGGAGAAUUUUAAGCUGUCAGCAAGAUUUUUUGGCCUAUAUCAGUUUGUGGCAAAGAUUGGAGCAGUAGCUUGCAAGCUGAAAUUGCCUGACAAUGCCUCCAUCCAUCCUGUUUUUCAUGUUUCCUUACUAAAAAGGAAAGUGGGCAAUGAUGCAGUAGUAGUACAGGACCUGCCAAUUUUUUAGGAUGAUACAGUACUCAUAGCCCCUGAGAAAGUGUUGAGGACUAGAAUGGUGACCUGGGACAAUCAAAAGAUUCUCCAAGGCCUUAUUAAGUGGCUUCAUCUUCCAGCUGAAGAAGCAACUUGGGAAGAUCAAUUUUUUCUUUUGGCUCAAUUUCCAGAAUUUUCAUCUUCUUGGGGACAAGAAGAUUCUCUUGGAGAGUGUAUUGUUACAUAUUAUAGAAGAAGGAAAAAGAAUAAAUAGUGGCAGGGGUAGACUGGUUAGAAUUGGAGGGAAACUUCUGUAACAACUUUUGGAGGGAAAGGCCUCAAGUAGUUAGAGAUAGUUCUGGUUGUCUGGAGAGUAUUAAGGAGUUGUUAGGAAGCAGUUACUGCUGUGUAUAAAAGGAAGAAGUCAUACCUGUAUCAACUCAUUCAAAGAAUGAUAUUCAAUGAUACUUUCUCUCA